GUCUUGUGCGAGUGGCUGUAUUGCCCAGAGAUGGAGUAGCGCAGACAGAGACUCACACAGUGUUGGCAGUGAUAAGUACAGUAGCAGGCAGGGCUCGGGGACGAGGAAAGGAAACAUUGCAAAGCCGCGGACAAAGGCACCUACCUUGCAAGGUGGAUUGCAGCCAGCACAUUGCACGUUACCAUCAAGAUCUGGGACUUUAAAAUAUUAAAUUUGUAAGGGAUUUUACAUAUUUUAUUAAACAAUAUGAUCGAAGGAAUGCAUACGACGAAGGGCGAGAAGAAGCCGACGCGGAAAUGGCAGAAACUGCCUGGCAGAAACACGUUCUGUUGCGAUGGCAGGAUCAUGAUGGCCCGGCAGAAAGGAGUUUUCUACCUCACCGUCUUCCUCAUCGUGGGAACCAGUGCGUUGUUCUUCGGGUUUGAGUGUCCGUACUUGGCAAUUCAUCUCUCCCCUGCGAUUCCUGUGUUUGCAAUUAUCCUCUUCAUCUUUGUGAUGGCCAUGCUGUUGCGUACCAGUUUCAGUGACCCUGGUGUGCUCCCACGUGCUGAACCAGAUGAGGCCGCAUUUGUGGAGAUGGAAAUAGAGGCAGCCAAUGGCAACGUCCCAGCAGGUCAACGACCACCACCAAGAAUUAAAGAUAUUCAGAUCAACAAUCAGAUUAUCAAAUUGAAGUAUUGCUAUACAUGCAAGAUAUUCCGUCCACCCCGGGCAUCCCACUGUAGUGUCUGUGAUAACUGUGUGGAGCGCUUCGAUCACCACUGUCCUUGGGUUGGAAAUUGUGUUGGAAAAAGGAAUUACCGUUUCUUUUACCUCUUCACCAUCUCGUUGUCGUUCCUCACUGUCUACAUCUUUGCUUUUGAUAUUGUGCACGUGGCACUGAGAUCAGUGGACAAUGGCUUUUUAAACACGCUGAAGGACACACCAGGAACUGUGCUAGAAGUGGUGAUCUGCUUCUUCACAUUAUGGUCUGUGAUUGGUUUGUCUGGAUUUCACACCUAUCUUAUUGCGCUUAACCAAACCACAAAUGAAGAUAUUAAAGGCUCUUGGUCAGGUAAAAAUGGAAUUCAUAACCCUUACAGCCAUGAUGGUGUAAUAAAAAACUGUUGUGAGAUCCUUUGUGGGCCAGUGCCUCCAAGUGUUCUUGACAGAAGAGGGCUCAUUAAAGAUGAGGCGGGGGUUUCAGUCAAGACUAAUGGAGGUCCAAAUACAGUGCCACAGACGACGGCAAGUAGAGCUCCAUUGAUAUCCAAUGAGCAGGCACCAGUAAAAGUAGGUCCUUUCGUGCCUGGACAAAUGGAACCAGAGGCAAGAGAGACAGCACUAUCACCUAAUACAAACGUGUCACUUCCAUCUCCACCAACAGUGGACUUAAAUAUACAGACUGGCAGCACAGUCUUGCGAAGAGAUGCAGUUACAAAAGGAACAUAUCGGGGACAUGCCCUUUAGUAGAUUUGCUCUUGGAGGAAGUUCAAACAGAAGAAGGGGCACAAAAAGUUGGAAGAUGGUUCUUCUAGCUAAGUUAAGGUGCAAAUUGAAUUGACACUGCAAUUUCCAUCUGAUCAGUAUUGUGUGUUUUAUAUGAAGGUGUUUUGAAAGUUGGAUAUGCUGUGACGUAGCAUCAGACUAGGAAUGAUAAAGAAAAGGUCAAAUUGCUCAGAGACUUUUCAGGGCCAAUUUGCAUAUUCACAGCCAAAUUUGUUCAAUCAUACAUUAGCAUUUGUUAAUUUACUUCAAAAGUACAAAAAUGCAGUAUGACAAAUGAAUUUUUCAGAAAGAAGUGAGUGCUAAUUUUUUUAUUUCCCAUUCCAUAUUGUAACUUCAUGAAAAUAACUGGCAGGACAAAUAUGUGAAUACCUCGUGUAGUAAUAUGCUGAAUUUCAUUUGGGUGCUAUGCAAAAUAUUGAAAUGUUUUGAGUUCACCAGGGUAAUUUCAUAAUAUCACCAAUUACUGGCAUGUUAUGAAUGAAAUACAAUCUAUACAAGGAUAGUUAUGAGAGAGUUUUCUUGUGUGUGUAUGUCUGUGUAUGAGAGAGAGGGAAUAGGCCUCUUCAGCUACAUGAAUUUGAAGUUGGGUAAGUGAUGUUGAACUUAGACCUAAAAUUACUUUUUCCUUGUACAAAUUCAUGAAUGAACUGAUGCUACCAUUGGAUGUUGUUUUCAUGAAAUUACAAUUUUUUUCAAAUACUAUGUUGUUGAGCUACUUUUGCUUUACUGUUCAAUUUUUGAACCAGGUCACUCAUACUAUGGAAGUAUGUGAAAUAGCCUACAGCUUAAAAUAAUUAGCUAUGUGAAACAGUUCCUGAAAAAUUGAACCUUGCCAUAGAAGCUGGAGUUCCACUGCCUUGUACAUUAAAGGACUUUGUGAGCUCAAUGUGCAAAAUAUAAAACUGGGAGAAAGGAAACACAAGGAAUCUGCUUUGAUGGGAAUUUGUGUUACAAAAUUUCAAAGUUAACAAAUAAUUCCUUUCUGUGAGGGAGUGAACAAUCUAGUAAAAGCAGAAAAAUGGUUUGGUGCCAUUUAUAAUUUAAUAGAAAGUAAGUCUUUUAACAGCAGUAGAGGUAUGCACGGAAUUGUUUUUCCCUUGUAGCGAAUUAGCCAGUGUUUUGAAUUGUCCAAAGACUAGUUUUGUAUUUCUCAAGACUAAAUUUCACUAAGGAUCCAAGAACAAACCAUGGCCUUAGUCAGAAGGCUGAAGACCCUGAAUUCUAAGCUAGUCUGGUACACUGGCUUAAAAUUUCAAAGCCCAUAAUUGAGGGACAAAUACAAAGGUUUUAAGACUGAAGAAAAUGCUUUGUGUUCCCAACCUCUUCUGAGCAGAUUACAGUGCCUUUGAUACUGAAUGGAACCAUUUGGAAAUUUGUGAUAUCUUGCAGAUUGAGAUGUAUGACAAUAAUGUGUGAUAUGAAGUCAGUACUUAAAGAAUGAAAUGGGGAUAACAAUGAACGUGGUUAAUUUACUUGCUUUUCAUGUACAAAACAACAGUUUUAUUGCAAUUAUAUUAGUGUCUACAUUAUUGCACGUCCUUACACCAGUAACAGAACGUGCUUCAUAGUCUGAAUAAAGUGACCCUGUCUGUUAUCCACUGUACCUAGAAAGACAAAUAGUUCUAAGUUGCACUGACCCAACAAAAAUUUGAUCAUUUCUUUAUGCAUGAGUUUUAAUAAUAUUCCAAGUAGAAACAAGAUCUUGGAGGGAAAAAUAUAGUUUCUUCUAAUUUUGAACCUUUCAAAAACAGAAUGAUUCAAAUCAGUGUAUCAGAAAUCUGGGUCUGUGGUUGCAUUAAGCAUUUACGAACUAUUUAGAAUUUCAACCAAUUGGAUUGCAUAGGACGUAGCUUUAUAUACAUUGUCUUGGGACUGAAACUACAUUUUGCAGCAUUCCAUUCUUUAAAAAAAAAACCUAGUGUUAUGAAAUUUAAGACCUAGUGCAAAGGUGAGGUAAUACUUAAUUUAUAAUAACUUUCAUCUGAUAAUUUGGAUUGUUUGAAUAAGAAAACUCAAAAAUCAUUCACUUCUGAGGGCCACUUCUAAGUAUUUCAGUCAGCUGUUAUAACGUAUGUGAUCUAAGUUAAAUGAAGAAUAAAAUGAUUGAACUGAUGUCUUAAAGUCCCAAACGGCAGAAGCUUCCCAUCUGAAGCACUGUAAUUUGCCCAUUUAACAGUAAUCUUUCGCCUUCUGUGAGGAUGCCACUCUGAAAUAGAACAUGAUAGGAUCAUUACUAACUCCGUCUGCACACUGCUGACCAAAUAAUGGAGAAAAAUUCUCGAAACAUAAUUGCCUCCAUUGAAUUUAAUAUGUCGCUGUCAUUGAUACUUCAUUUAAUAUUAACCAGCUAACACGUCCAUCGGCAAGUUAAUUUGUAAGAAUUCAAUACCAAAAGUGAAAUUUUUGAUAGAUUUCCACAAAAUUGAGAUGCUGAGUGGGCUUUGAAAUAUCUGUUAUGGUGAGUAUCAAUAGAUUAAACAAAAAUGCUCCCAAUUACUUUGAAUCCUCUUUCCAUUCUUUUAUAUUCGCACUGGUUUAAUCAGUUCAAAAUAAACAUUUAAAUGGAGUUAAAAAUAUGGGAAGGUCAGUUUAUUAAUUGAAAUGCCGUUGAUGUGGGGUUAGUUUUCCUCUCCAAAUGAUAAACUCCCAUAUCCUGCAUUUUGAUUCAUCUUCAGCAAUACAGGUCAUCCUGGUCAGAAACUGGUCUCUUUUUUUAGGGUUUAAAAUUUGAUUACAGAUAGAACAGUUGCAGACAUAUGGACACUUGUUUCUCAUUGUAAGGUGCCAUGAUUUAGAGGGUAAAUGUAUGCAUUAUUUGAAUUGAUAAUGACUCCAUGCAUCAGAUUUGGGGGAAUAUUCUCCCUCAUCUCUGAUCUUCAACAAUCCACCGUCCAACAUAAAUUGCACUUGUAUUAUAUGUUAGGAGUGCAGUUAGAUGGGUAAAAUCUACUUGGUUGAAGUCAAGGUGCAAAUGCUUUAAAUUUGGUCAGUUUACUCAUUAUGGUGAAUUGUCUUUAAUAUUGAAGAUACUAACUGCUUUGACCAUGAAAACAUGAAAUAAAUCUUGAAUUAAGUUGGUGCAUACUUCCCCAGAAAAUGUUAAAAUUUGACCCAUUAAUUUGGGGGCAUAUUUCAAUACUUCGCAAUAUUGAAACAUGUGCCAAAUCAAUAGAUCAAAUAUUAACAUCUGCAGAUGUUAAUUUUAUUGAAAAUUCUCAUACAUUUUGUGAUUUUUGAAAUUAUCCUUUACUCUUUUUUUUAGUUGUAACUGAUGCUGCAAUGCUGAUUUUAAAUGCUGCUUUAAAUGCUGUUUUAAAAGAAAAGCCCAAUGAUAAGUAAGGGAUUCAAAGCUAGUUAGGAUUGAAAAUGAUGCAACAAAAUUAAAUAUGUGCACACUCCUUCAAAUGUUGCCGCAAAAGUUGUGUAAUCUGAUAACCUACUAUUUGUAUUUCACAUUUUCUGUCUUGAUGAUGUGAAUGUGGUAUAUUUAGCAGCGAAAUCAGAUUAUCAUCUCCUCAAGAACUACCUCCAAACAUGAUUUCCCUUUUCAUAAAUUUCAGAAUACAGGAAGUCCCCAACUUACGAACACCCAUACGUACGAAUCGACCUUCGUGGUCUUAACGACUUUUGGUUCGUAAGCGGGCCCGGCCCCCGAUCCUACCAUGGCGGCGGUACACCUUCUUUGGCCUGACCCCGGGCCAAGUGCGCAUGUGCGACUGGGGCCAUGCGCGGCCGCGAUCCCCGGGCCAAGUGCGGCUGGGGCCAUGCGCGGCCGCGAUCCCCGGGCCAAGUGCGGCUGGGGCUGUGCGUGGCCAUGAUCCCCGGGUCAAGUGCGCAUGCGCGGACACUGUUAUGAGUUGCAGACAAAAUCGGGUUACGAACAGUCUCAAAAACAGAACUCGUUCGUAGCCCAGGGACUUACUGUAUUUUCUUUCCUCUUCACAAUGGGAUCGUCUUCUCGCCCCACCAUAUGCUUGCACAGUUCAGAGAUGCCCUUUCCUCUCCAUUUUUCCUCUUCUCAUGAGGACACUGUAUCCCUUAUGACUUCCCCCUGCCCCCUGCCAACAAAUCAUCCACUUCAUUGGAAUGUUCUUGUCCUACUACAGCUCUCCCAUUCAUGCUGGGCCUCUAGGUCCUAUUGUCCCCUGCUCUCCUUUUAAAGUCAACAGACAUACUCUAUCUCUGCUCAGGUCAUAUCUGCAAUUUCUCACAUCAGCACAUUUAGUUUUGUCAUUCUUUCUUCCUACUUCUCCACAAAGUGCAACACCCAGGCUUUUACAUUCUGCUCUUAAAAAGUUAAAUUACAUUGCAUGCUGUGGGUGGGAAUUGCAGAUAAUAUGAAAAUUCCAUAUAUGGUGUACAACUGUGUUGAAUUGCUUAGAACAAGAACUGAUGUGUUAUUGACAGGGCAAAAAUUCAGACUGAUGAAGAUUCUGUCAUAGAAUUAUAGAAAAUUUAUGACACAGAAGGCAACCAUUUGGCCAAUUGCAAAAGAGCUCUACAGCCUAACCCCAGCUUCUAGUGCUGGGUCCAAUCCUAUCCAUUGCCCACCCAAGAUUCUACCAUUUAUUGCUCUUGUCUUGUUUCGCCCUCCCAAAUGCAUCACCCUGCACAGCUUUGGAUUAAAUUCCAUAUCUCACUUUUCUGCCCAGCUGACCAGGUCUUUCUAAAAGCUGCUUGAUCGAGGCUCUUGCAUUUAAGUCUCAGUUAUUAAUGUAUAUUGCAAAAAUCAAAGGACCAAGUACUUGGCCCUAUGGAAUCCCACUGAUAAUCUUCCAGUCACAAAAGAGACCCACCAGCCAUUAUCCUUUGGUCCAAAAUUGACUCAGUGGUAGGAAGCAAUUUGCCACUCUCCUUUGGAUACUAUUGGGCUUUCAUUUUUCUGACCGGUCUGUCAAACAAGUCAAAAGCGUCACCAAAAUCUUAAAGACCAUAUCAAAUCUCUUGUCUUCAUCAAUCAUUCUUGCUUUUUCCUCAAAAAUUGUAGUAGUCAGUCAGAAACGACCUUCUCGUAACAUAUCCAUGCUGACUGUCCCAGAUUAAUCUGUGCCUUUCUAAAUUAAAGUUUUCAAUGUCUCUUAGAAUAAACAGAUUUCUAUAAUUAGCCCACCAAAGAUACUAACUGGCCUGCAAUGACUUUUUUUUAACCCCUACCUUCCUAUUCAAACAACAGUGCAAACUUGCCACUCUCCAAUCCUUUGCAUGACUUCUGUAGUUGAUGUGGAUUGAAGAAUUUUGCCAGAGUCUCUGCAAUUCCCUCCUUUGCUUCUUAGUCGAUUAUGUUACAGCCAGGUUUGGAGAUUUAUCCAGGUUCAAAGAUGAUAAACCCCUUAAAUCUUCCUCUUUUGCAAUGAAUAUUCCACACCUAUUUAUUUUAAUUAUAACAUUAGCAUUGUCUCCCUCUUUUACCUACUUCCCACUUCCUCCCUCUCCAUUUACAGGUUACCUUUAAUGGUCCUUAAUAGGGAUAUUGCUUUAUAUGUACUUAUAAAGCAUAUAAAUCAAUUGGACAUACGUUAAUUUUACUUGCCAUUUUUUUCAUACUCUCACCUUGCUUUCCAAAUUUUCCUUUUAAUUUCUCUCCAUCUUCUUUGCUCUCUACACUUUCUGCUGAUAUCUAAAGACAUACGGGUAGGUUAAUGUGGGUUUAAAAAAUGGGCGGUGCGGACUCAUUAGACCAGAAGGGCCUGUUAGCAUGCUGUAUAAAUUUUAAAGUUUAAUCUGUUUGCCUUUUUUAUUACUGGCCCUACCCCUUUGCAGCUUGUCAGAUAGUUGGCUCUAGAUCUGAUAGCACCACUCUUUUUCUUUGUGGGAACAUGUUUAAUGUUGCAGGAUCCUUAAAUCUCUUUAAAUGCCUCCCAUUUUUCAAAGUUUGAUUUACCUUCAAGUAGUUGUUACUGGUCCACUAAAUCACUUCUCAGGCCAGUAAAAUUGGCAUUAACCAAAUAGUCUGUUUACAGAACUAUGCUAGAUCUAACUGAAUUAUAUUCCCCAAAACAAAAAUGCUCUCCCACAGAUCCUGCUUUCUUCUACACAGCUUCAUUUCCUAAAACUAAAUCCAGGAUUGCAAUCCUGCCACCUUCUUGUUAGAUUUGCUGCAUACUGCCUGGAAUACUUACGAAUGUAGUUUCAAGAAUUCUGUGCUUUUAUAUCUUUCACACUGAUCAACUGUCUCCUGCUUAAUAUUUGUGAAACUUUCCAGUAUUACUAGUUCUUUUGCACCUGUCAGAAAAUGACUUACAAGUAUACUCUUCUAUAACCAUCGGAUGGUUCAGUGGUUCUCUAAUACACUCCCAACAGUGUGAUUGCUCAUUUCUUUCUCACACUUCAUUUAUUCUCAGAGCUGUGAUUGUUUUUUUUUAAACCAAAUGUAUCACUAUUCCCACCUCCCCUUUUUUUUAAUCCUGCCCUCUAUCUCAUCGGGAAACACUAACCGGGAAUGGUAUGCUAUCAGUCAUGCACCUCUGUAAGCCAUGUUUCUUCAUUGGCUGUUGUACCAUACUUUAAUAUGUCUACCAAUGCCCUCAACUCAUCUGCCUUGUACUCCAAACUCCUUCCAUUUCAGUAUAUACCAGUAGGAACAUGCACACUACAUUUUACUACUAAAAAAAGUUCUAAUCUUUUCUCUGCCUUCAAACUCUCUCAUUAACUUUCAGCCUUGCUUUUCCAGUUCUCCUCUUCCUUCUGAACCUUUGCCCAGCUUCUGUCUACCAAGCUAACUUAAACUCUUCCCCCAAAAGCACAAACAAAUUAGCCUGUGAGGACAUUGGUUUCAAUGCUGUUGAGAUGGAACUCAUCUGAACUGUAUAGAUCUCAGCUUCCCCUAUAUUGAUCCUCAUGUCCCAGGAAUCUUAAGCCAUCCAUCCUGUACCACUUCUCCAGCUGCACAUUCAUCAGCACCAUCCUCCUGUUUCUAUAUUCACCUUUUUCAAAGUGGUUGGCUUUUGGGAGAUGUUGAUCUAUUUAAGGAGCAUUUUGUUUACAUAACUUUUGUGUUUAAUUAAAUGGCCCAUAAGCUAAAACAACUUGGAGAUUUGAUCUUUAUAUAAUUUUAUUUUAAAUAUGUACUUUUACUCUCAAGGGUUGGGUUAAGUUUAAUGUAUGAAUAGUACACCUUCUAAAGUUGGGCUCAUCAGUAAUUAAAACUAAGGAUGUUUGAAAGGAAAGGUCAUUUGAUUGUUUCUCCUUUGAACAUUCACACUUGAGAAAAGUUCCUUAAUGGUGGAUCUCACUGGAGACAUCAGCUUCGAAAACUCUAACCCCUAUAGGUAUCUCCAAAAUUUUCUGAAGAGACAAGCACCAGAUUUUAUGACUUCAGGUUUUCUCUUCUCUCUGUUUUUGCAUUUGGUUGAAAAAAAAGUAUCAGGAUUAAUAGGAAAAAUUUGUAGCAUAAUGUGUACUGAUGAUUCUGAGUAAUAACCUCAGAUUUGUUUGUUCUAUUCCUUUUGGAAGUUUAAGAGUUUUAUCAUUAGAGGAAAGAAUGAAAACAUAAUGUACCUUGCAGCUUUGAUUUGCUUUGAAUAACUCAGAAUACAUCACAACAACUGAAGUAUUUGGAAAUGUGGUCACUUUUGGUCACUAAUGAAUUGUCUAAGGUUUCUUUCAGACAAAGGGAGUGCUUUGGUGCAGGUAAGUAUGUUUAAAGUAUACAUAAUGCUAGUUUGUUGCAUGCUUGUGACUGCAGUUCUCUGAGCAAAUUUCAUCAGAUUUCUCGAUCAACAUUUCCCAAAAGUCAGUUUCAAUUAUACAAGGUGCCAAACACUCAAAUUGCUGAAAUGCAGAUCAUUCUUGAUAAUGGGAAGCUUUAUUGCCAUCACCAGGUACUGACUUGUAAGUACUGCUGCUUCUUGCUAGUUCCCUCUUUUUCACGCUCUCACACAUGCUCGCUUCCUCUCGUGUCUCUUUGUCCUUCCACUGUGUCUCUCUGCCCCUUGCUCCUUUCUGUUGCUGCCCCAAUCUGAGCAGUAUCGGAUCAGAUUUUUAAGAGUGAUUCCAGUAGGUUAAAAGAACCCAGAGUGUGGAUUUCUUUUCUAAAUAUAUAGGAAAUAAAAUAUGGACCUAUUUAUCUUGAAUAGAGUAGCAAUUUUUUUUCUAAGCGGGUUGAAGCUAUAAAUAUUGUAGAGCAUUUACAAGGCAUGUAACAUCCAUGUCCAGAUGUAAUUACAACUGUGUUUGAUCUUUCUUUUAUCACACAUGCACUUUAUAAUAGGCUUCAAUGAACAGUUUUCGGCAACAAAACCUCUUGCUAAAUUUGUUUUUGAAAGACAUAAUUUUUAUGUACAGAUGGAACAAAAGACAUGGGCAAUUUCUUUUUAAAGCAUUGAGAAAGUCAAAUGGACAAAAUUAGAUAAAUAUAUUACAAAUAGUUGCAACUUUUCACUGCACAUCUAUGUCAAAUGGAAUUGUAAAUUGUUUAAGCAUGAUUUGAAGAAAGCCAGUUACGUUGCCAAACAUGUCAUUCCAAAACACUUCAGCAAAUUUUCCAUGCAUCAAAGGACAUACAAAACAGAUGAUCAGAACCCCACCCCCACCCUGACCCAAGCCAGCAAUAUU